AUGUCAUUUUCGUCCAUCUUAUCGCAAGAUAUCACAGACGAUAUCUCGGCACCAGCAAAUUCUGCUGUGCUGGGCUCAAGAGAACAGCUUAUUUUCAAGGCUUAUCAGAAUGAACCUUGGUUGGCUGGUAUAGCCCAGAAUCUUAUCUUGGACGAAAAACUAGUCGUAGUAGACAGGGAACUUUUGUUCCAGGUGCUGAUGGUGGAGAACAUCUCCAAGUCGAAGCUAACGCAAAUCGAUGAUAUAAAAACGAAGCUGGACCCGAAAAAACAGAAAGUAGACAGACUACGAUCGGGCGCGCAAGUGCACGACGCCAAGAAGUACGAGGUCAUCACUCAAGUGGAUAUGGAAGAUGAAGGGAACCUGAAUGACAACGACGGCGCCAACUACAAAAAUAACAACAACAAUAACAACAAUGACAACACUGCCAAGAGUAAAUCUGUUUUCAAGUUGACGCUGCAAAGUAAGUCGGGUGACAUCUUCUUCGCAGUCAACUCCACUCCAAUACCUUGGAACUCCUGUAUGUUGGGCUCGAAAAUCGUCAUAUUGCCAGGAACUGUUUUCAAUAGAGGCGUUUUCGUAAUGAAGGACUCUCAAGUCAUUUUUCUCGGCGGCAUCAACAGAGUUUGGAACGAAAACAAAGAUCAAAAGUUUUGCGAUUAUUUAGAAUCCAAACUACAACGUGACAAACAGUUUGUGAACGGCGCUUCCAAGAAAAGGAAAGCCAAUGACUAA